GCAGCCUGGCCUCGGGCGCUGGGUGGGUUGGAGUUAGCCGUUAGCACUGGGAGCUAACUCGCUGAGCGCGUAAUGGCGGCCUCGGUGUUGCUGGGGUUGGCGAACAGUUCGGGACUGAGCUUCACGGCGGGAGGCGGUAAUAACGGCCUGGGACCGGCGGGCCAGGCCGGCCCGGUGUCCUGGACCCGCUCCGUGGACCGGGCGCUGGACGAAGCCUCGGCCACCGGCUGCCUGAACCUGAGCGGCAGGAAGCUGAAGGAGUUUCCCCGGAGCGCCGCCAACUACGACCUUACGGACACCACCAGGGCCGAUUUGUCUCGUAACCGUCUGUCGGAGCUGCCGCUGGACGUUUGUCUCUUUGUGUCUCUGGAGAGUUUGACCCUGUACCAGAACUGUCUGAGAUCUCUGCCAGACAGCCUUCUCAACCUGCAGUCCCUCACCUACCUCAACAUCAGCCGGAACCAGCUGUCGGUCCUCCCUGUGGUUCUCUUCAGUUUGCCUCUGAAAGUUCUGAUUGCCUACAACAACAAACUGGUCUCUUUGCCAGAAGAGCUCGGACAGCUGAGACACCUGACAGAGCUGGAUGUCAGCUGCAAUGAAAUCCAGACACUGCCGUCUCAAAUUGGCCAGCUAGAGGCACUGCGAGACCUCAACAUCAGGAGGAACCACCUGCUGCGCCUUCCUCCAGAGCUGGCAGACCUUCCUCUGGUCCGUCUGGAUUUCUCCUGUAACAAAGUGACCAAUAUCCCCAUCUGUUAUCGACAACUGACACAGCUUCAGACCAUUGUCCUGGACAACAACCCUCUGCAGACGCCUCCUGCACAGAUCUGCAUAAAGGGGAAGGUCCACAUUUUCAAAUAUCUGAAUCUGGAGGCCAGUAAAACCACCCCCGACCUUUCGGACUACUACAGACGACCUCUGACCUUCAGUUCCUGCGUGGAUGAGCUGCACCCUGGCCGCCCCUAUGGUGCACUGGAUUCAGGAUUCAACAGCGUGGACAGCGGGGAUAAGCGGUGGUCGGGUAACGAGCCCACAGAGGAGCUGUCGGAACUGCCGCUACGCGUGGCCGAGAUCACCAGAGAGCAGCGACAGCGACGAGACGACGGCCGAGCAGGCGGAGCGGGGGGGCCCCUGCUGGCUAAUGGCACAAUGGAUCUGGAGUUGGAGCAGAUAGACUUCAUUGACAGCUGUCCAGGGGAGGAGGAGGAAGAUGAGCCGAGGUGUCGAGGACCGGCAGACCGCUCCAGUCUCAGUUCUCAGUUCAUGGCCUACAUUGAGAGACGCAUCACGAGAGAGGUUUCCCCCGUCAAAACCAACUGCUCAAAGUCUGAGGACAUGAGACGACACAACAGGAGUGUGGUGGAUGGUGUAAUGGCGCCCACUAGCUCCCACAGUCAGAGAGGCGCUGGCGGCUCAGUGGAGCGGAUUAGGCGAGAAGCCCAGCUCGCUGCUUUGAGGUUUGAUGAAGAGAGACACAAAUCCCACUCUCCACAGAGAGAUGCCACCUGCACACACAGCAAGCACACACCAGGUCCGAGUCCCGUCAAAUCCAGUCCAGAUCGUGAGAAUGUCUACCCAUCCAGACGCUCCACCCACACAGAUGACUCCGCCCUCUUCUUGGGGGAGGACAGAGCCUCGUUUUUACCCACAGCCAAUCACUCGCCUUCCUACAGUAGCGCGGGGAGCGGGACCUCGUGCCGCGCGGCCGGUCUGAGACUGGAGAGCUUCUUGCACCGCCUUGGCCAGAAAGAAGAGAAGAGGAAGGGUGACCAUGCUGCCGCUGCUAGUUCCAGUCCCAGGCCAGAGGAGACACCUACUGCUGCUGCUCUCGUUGGGGAGGAGGCCGAGCAGGUGGAGCAGCUUCGCAGAAACAUUGAGGCUCGUCUUAAGGUAUCGUUGCCUAGUGACCUGGGGGCAGCGUUGACGGACGGCGUGGUGCUAUGCCACCUGGCCAAUCACGUGCGACCUCGGUCUGUUCCCAGCAUCCAUGUGCCUUCUCCCGCCGUGCCUAAACUCACCAUGGCCAAGUGUCGAAGGAACGUGGAAAACUUUCUGGAGGCGUGUCGGAGGAUCGGUGUCCCACAGAGUCAGCUGUGUCUUCCUCUGCACAUACUCGAAGAACAAGGGCUCCCCCAGGUGGCAGGAACGGUCAGUGCCCUUCUGGAUUUGGCACCUCCCAGACACUGCGUUACCACGACAACAGCAUCCACAUCUGCCCCCUCUAUGUGCAUGUAGACGCAGAAGAUGAUGACGACACUACUGCAGCACAUACUUGUACUGCCUUCAUGUGGCCACAAGGUGGCAGUGUUUGGGUUUACAGCUGGAAACGACAUCAGUGGGUAUUAGAAUUAAAACUUCAAAAUAACACCUUUGGUGUUACAGAUGGAGGGAUAAGCAGAGCCACAGAUCCAGGGUCAAUGUCAGCUCGCUAACAUGACUUUAGCAAAUGUUCAGUCAUAUAAUCCAAUAAGCAGUGGGUGUGGCUUAGUUUUUUGUUUUUUACCUGUUCAGGUCAACGUUAAGCUUUGAAACCAUUUGUCACAAUCAGCUCUUUGAAGUGACCUGAAACAUUGAUGCUAAGAAUUAUGUUUGUACGUUGAAUAAUAUUGGAAAAUUUAUUAUGAUUAUUUAUUUUUAUUAAGGCAAUGCUUUCUAACAUACAGUUUGAAAAUAUUUCAUGCUUAGUGUCUACAGAGGCUCCUGAGGGUCAUAUGGUCAAAAGUACGUCAAGUAGAAAGGUCCUCGCGGAUUAUCAUCACAAGCUAAUUUACUGAAUCACAUCCAUCAACUGGCGUAUGUUUGCUGUUAGAAUCACACAGCUAACAGUAACUGUCACCAGCAAUAAAAAUAAAAUAUAAACGUAUAAUAAAAAGUUAGCUUCAUCAUCCAAAUCAACCUGUUGCUAACUAACGAAUGUAAAUGCUACAUAUCUAAAUCCCACAGCAAACUCUUGAAUUAACAGCUUUUUUUUAAAGCAGAAAUUACAUUUGGUAAAUAUAAUCCUUUUAAUAGUUUAGUUUUGUGUCCAAAAGCAUCACUGAACACUUCCUGUUCUGUUCAUCUUAAUGAAACAGUAA